AUUCUGCUACAACGCCACCGUCGCCGUCGCCAUCAGUGCUGUUGUCGGUGGAGCAUCCUCCGCAACGAGGACAACAGCGUCACCAUCUCCACAUGAUGGGGUUGCAAAUCAUUGUGACGGCAGCAAUGCCACCUUGUCCAGCUAUAUGAUGCCACCACCUACAGCGCGUCCAACAAAUAACAUCAGUAAUAAAAAUGCAAGUAUAGGGUGUGGUUCAACAUCAACAUUAUCAAUGUCAUCAGAAACUAGAUUAACAACAGAGCAUGGGGAUACAGCAGCAGCUACCAACGCGACUAGUUCUCCAAAUGCUCACACCAUAGUUGCAGCCUCCACCUCCACGAACAACGCAUCGCCGUCUUCGUCGUCGUCCUCACCAGCCGCAUCAACCACCACUACAAAUAGUAAUGGUUCUGCAACAUCCUCAAUAGCUGCCGCCAUGGCGAGACAUAACGCCUUCAUACUACCCUCGCGCACAAUGCCUAUGAGUGGCUCACUUGCCGCCACCACAUUGCAGCACACAAGCUCGCCGCAUGCUUUACAGCUACCCCACAUCAACUUGAAUAUAAAUACGACGACCGGUGGUAACUUUGGUGUGACAGUGGACCCACAAAUCUCAGUGGAAAACUUAAAGAAGAUAAUUGCUAAGAAGCUUAAGGUGGCCAAGGAUCGCAUUUGCUUGUUGCAUCGGGAAAA